AUGGGAUGGGAGGAGGCGGAGCCUGCAGCUGUUGAUGUGAGCUCAGAGUUUCGGCCUGAACAGACGGAGCGCUUCCACGGACGGCUGCAGCUCAGAUCUGAAAUGAAAGCUGGAAACACAAACAGACAGAAACCAUCAUCUUCCUUUCAGAGCCUCUUGUUGAACAUGGACCACACCCUGAUGGCGCUUCUGCUGUGGCUCUGCAGCUCAGGUGUUCAUGCAGAUGAAACCCUCGGCCUGAGAGAGUCCAUCAGGUUGGUGGGAGGAUCCAGACGCUGUGAAGGUCAAUGGGAGUUGAAUCUGGGAGAAUGGAGACCGGUUCACAUCCAAAAUUUUAAUUAUGGCCUGAAAGAAGCUUCAAUUAUCUGCAGAUGGCUGGACUGUGGCUCAGCUGUCUCAAUUAAAUAUGAGCUGACAUCGUUAAUCCCCGUAUGGAUGAUCACCUCAGAGUGUUUUCUGUCUGGAUCUGAUCUCAAGGACUGUGCAGAAAAACAAAGAAGAUUUGGUUUUAUAUGGGUCACCUGCUCAGAGUCUGUGAAAUUGGUGAAUGGGGGAAAUGGCUGUUCAGGUAGACUGGAGGUGAAGGUCUCCAAGUCUGACCAGUCUAACCAGAGCUGGUCUUCAGUGUGUGAAGCUGACUUUGACCAGCAGGAUGCAGAGGUGGUGUGUAGGGAGAUUAACUGUGGGUCUCCUACAGUCCUAAAGGGAGGGCUCUAUGGAGAGAUGGAGGCUCCAACAUGGUCGCCACAGUUCCAGUGUGGAGGACAUGAGUCUUCUCUCCUGGACUGUAGAAGGUCCAACUCAGCCAGAAACUCCUGCCCCCUUGGAAAAGCUGUUGGACUCACUUGCUCAGAACCGUUGAGGUUGGUGGGAGGACCCAGGAGUUGUGAAGGUAGACUCCAGAUAAGAGUUGAGGGAAAAUGGCGACUAGUGACUCGUUUGAGCCGUUUUUGGAACCACAACCACACAGAGAUGUUAUGUAAAUGGCUGAGCUGUGGCUCUGCUGUUUCAAUGGAAGACACUGAGUCAUUACAGAAAGAUACGUCUUACAUCUAUGAGAGAUGCAUUGAGGAAACAUCUACUGCUAGGGGCUGUGGGUGGCUGAAUGCAUAUUCAGCUGUACCCGUGAAACUCAACUGUUUAGAACCAGACAGAACCACAGAUGGGAACCUUCGUCUCACAGUUUUUACACCAGUUUUUAUCUUCUGUCUGGUUCUCCUGCUGCUGAGCGUCACCUACUUCAUCUUCGCUCUUUGCUUCACCUACAAGCCCACCAGGUGGCAGCAGUCAGGCCAGUGAGCUGAAGAUGCAGCAACGAUAGAUGAUGGAGAUGUUCGCUUCACCCUGACCUAAGAGGAAAUGUUCAGUUUCCUGAACUCCUACACUCAGUUAUAACACAUAUAGCUGCUUAUUAAAUCAAUUAAAUUUUGUUUUUCACCUAUAAAAAGUAUUUUCCUGUGAAAGAAGCAGUAAUAUGAGCUUUGAUCUUUCUUUCUAUCAUGUUAUGAUGUUUUUCCUUUAUCAAAAACAAACUUGAACUGUUGCCUUGAUUCUUUCAAGCAUUUGAUUAAUCCUUUAAUCUCCAUGGCAACCAUUCAGCUGCAAAACGCCUAAAUGGACUUUGCACCUCCUUUGAGGCGCAGCUCCUCCCCCUUUCAGCUCCGUCAGACUAAUCAGCAGCAAUUAGCAAACAUCUGAUGGAACUACUGCGCUCAUUAGAGGAGCUGCUUCCCAGAGCAACGCUGUUAAAAACGUUGUUAAAGGGUUAAUAGAGGAGCCAUCUUGGGAUGACUCCCUGAAUUAUAAAGUUACAUUUCUUUUGAGUCAUAUUUAAUACAUAUAGCAACAACUAAAAUCAACAUAGUUACUUGAUUGAGCUAUAAAUUAACACUAUGUGGCUGGAAAACAUGUUAUACUGCACCUUUAAGCUCCAUCACCGCUUUAAAACCUUGUGGAUUUAUAACCAGCAUAGGUUCAGGUUAAAACUGCUUGGAUUCUGGAUUUGAAUAGUUCCAGUUUUCUCCUGCUCCAUAGCACUGAAAUUCAUCAAAACCACAAAUGACCUCCUCAUGGCAGCUGAUUCUGGACUUCAUUCGACACUCCACCCCACUAAAGACUAUCUUCACGCUAACGUCCAUUGGUGUUUCUCACUCCAUUAGGCUGGUUUACUUCCCGGUACUCUGGCCACAGGCCUUUAAAUGUGCCCCAGGGCUCUGACCCGGCAUCCCUUGUCUUCAUCUACAUUCUUCCCAUGGUGAUAUAUAUUGUGUGAAUUUGAUGUUCUUUUUCACUGUUAUGCUGAUGAAACCCAACGCUACAUCACCACUAAUGGGAUUAGUGGUGAUGUUCUAACUGUUCCACCCAUGUCCUUCUCUGACUCCACCUCUGACAUAAAAACCUGGUUGACGCUAAAUUUUCUUAAACUAAACAACAUCAAAACUGUCAUCUUCUCUGCAAUUCAUUAUCAUCCCAACUCAGAAAUAUCAUCAAUUCACUCCGGCAUUUCAAAUCACAACACAUUCCUUGACAGUUGCUUUUUCUAUGUGUUGCAUUUUGCUCUUUCUGUUCAAGUGAUUUUAUUAUCUUACUGUUGUUUCUUUUAAUUGUAAGAUGUCCUUGAGUGCCAAGAAAAGCGCCUCCAAAUAAAAUGUAUUUUUACGGUC